AAUGAAAUGGUAGCUAUGUCAUCAUUAUUUAACUUUGGGUUGAAAAUGUUUGUCAUCUAGAGCCUGCUGUGUCCUUAUAACGCACAGGUCAAUCAGUUCUCAAGCACCCGACCUUGUCCUAAGGGCUAGACUUAGGGGGUUGGUGGAGGUUAGGAUGAAGAGCGAUGUUGGGGAGGACCUUGGAGUCCCUUGCUGUUUUCCUUGCUGUUGAGAGACUGACUUGGAGAAUGAGGUCUGCUCCUUUAAUGCCCACAGCAACUCCUGCUCCAGUCCCUUUUCAGGCCAGGCCUGAAAGCCGGCUGAGCUGGCCACUCCUGUCAGUGGCAGCUCUCCAUCUCUCACUACCCUCCUCUUCACCACCCUUCUCCACCUCUGACUCAGCAGGAGGGGGCCUGGAGCCCAGUCCCACAUCUGGGCCUCUCCACCCUUUUCUGUUGCUGUUAGUAAGCAAGGGCCACACCCAUGGGGUGACUACUCCAAUUUCAGCAGGGACCGACUCCAAUUAUUGAGUCUUUUAAAAAAAUUUUUGAGACAGGGUCUCGUUCUGUCAGUCAGGCUGGAGUGCAGUGGUGCAGUCAUAACUCACUACAACCUCCAGCUGGGCUCAAGCUAUCCUCCCACCUCAGACUCCCAAGUAGCUAGGACUACAGGUGUGCACCACCACGUGUGGCCAAUGAUGAAGUCUGAAGUGGCAAAGGUCUCAGAACUCUGGGGUGGACAAGGGUUCAUACACUGAAAGGGGACACCAAGGAAUAGUUCAGAGGCUGAGAGGAAUGGGGGUGACUGUGGGUACCUGGAUGGGAAGGGAUGACAAGAUAGAGCAGGAUGGCCAAGUAUGCCCCGGCCUGUGUCUGGAGAAGCAAGGCACCUCCUGUGUACAAUGGGGACCCUAAUUCCCCAUUUAACUUGUGGGGGUGAAGAGCACAGGCUUUGGAAUCAGAUCAACCUGAGUUUAAAUCCCAGCUGGGCUGUUUUCCAGCUGUGUGACUUACAGCAAGUCUUUGAGCCCUUUUCCUCCUCUUUGAGCCUGCUUCCUCAGCUGCCAGAGAUAAGGACACCUUCCUUGCAGUGCUGUUGUGAUGAUUAAAUGAAAUCAUAGAUGUAAAGAGUGCUUGGUACAACAGGAGGGACAGGGUAAAUGCUUGGGUAAUGGAACUACUGUCAUUAUCACCCAUCUGGCUGCAUGUUACAAGGAUCAAUGAGAUAAUGGAUACAAAAUGUAAACUAGAUGAACAUAAAGGCUUAUUAUAUAGACCCGUGUGUCCUGAAGAAAACUGGUGUCCUAAAGUGUGUCCUGCAGAAAACUAGUUCCAUGGAAUGUUAAUAGCUGUUUCUAAAUAAAGGUUUUGCAGGCAAUAUGUUUUGAGAAUGCAGAGUUAAAUGAGAAUACAAUAAGUUUCUUUAUUGUUAAAGUAUUUAAUCCCUAAUAGUAAUGUACACUGUGAAUCUUCAAGAGGACAGAGUAGGCAAACCUAACUGACCAGGAGUGGCUAGAGUAUUGUCAGUUCCACAGAACAAAUGUGAGAGAAAGAUCUGGAUUUGGUGUUAGGGUGCCUUUAACAUCUAACACUGGUUAACUCUCCUUUUAAACCUGUUGGCUUGGCAUUAUAGGUUAAUCCAUAUUCAGGUUCUCAGACCGGGGAGCUUCGUGAUCAUCUUGCUCAGUGAUUUCCAAACCUCAGUCAUUCCACUACCUCCCUGAUUCUUGUCCUAUCUAAAAGUGCCACUUGUACCCUUUUCUUCUUAACAUUUUUCUUUAAAUGAACCUAUUUUUUUCUUUGUCUUUUUUUUUUUUUUAAGACAGAGUCUUGCUUUGUUGCCCAGGCUGGAGUGCAGUGGCGCAAUCUCAGCUCACUGCAACUUCUGCCUCCUAGGUUCAAGCAGUCCUCCCACCUCAGCCUCCUGAGUAGCUAGGAUUACAGGUGCCCACUACCAUGCCUGGCUAAGUUUUGCAUUUUCAGUAGAAAUGGGGUUUCACUGUUGGCCAGGCUGGUCUUGAACUCCUGACCUCAAGUGAUCUGCCCGCCUCAGCCUCCCAAAGUGUUGGGAUUACAGGUGUGAGCCACUGCGCCCAGCCGAACCUAUUUUUUUUCUUGAAUAAGUUUAUUGAGACAGAGUCUUGCUCUGUCACCUAGGCUGGAGUGCAGUGGCGCGAUCAUAGCUCACUGCAGCCUCGAACUCCUGGGCUCACAUGAUUCUCUGCCUCAGCCUCCUGAGUAGCUGGGACCAUAAGUGCCCAACUAAUUCUUUUUAUUUUUUAUUUUUUUUAGAGACAGGGUCUUGCCAUGUUGCCCAGGCUGGUCUCGAACUCCUGGCCUUAAGCAGUUCUCCUGCCUCAGCCUCCCAAAGUACUGGGAUUACAGGUAUGAGCCACUGUGCCCAUCCUUUAAGUAAUUUUAAAAGACAACUUCAUAGCACUACUGUAUGUGGAAAGUCUCACUUGCCACAGAGAGAAGCUAGCCAUAAAAAUAAAAGUAGUGGGCCAGGCACGGUGGCUCACGCCUAUAAUCCCAGCACUUUGGGAGGCUGAGGUGGGCAGAUCACCUAAGGUCAGGAGUUCAAGACCAGCCUGGCCAACAUGGUGAAACCCCGACUCUACUAAAAAUACAAAAAUUAGCCAGGCGUGGUGGUAGGUGCCUGUAAUUCCAGCUACUCGGGAGACUGAGGCAGGAGAAUUGCUUGAACCCAGGAGGCAGAGGUUGCAGUGAGCGGAGACUGUGCCACUGCACGCCAGCCUGGGCGACAGGGCGAGACUAAAUAAAUAAAUAAAGUAAGUAAGUAAGUAGUGAAAAUGAAACAUCAUUAAAUCUUGCCUAGAUGUUGUUGCCUGAAGGAGUCCCUGACCUGAGAUCCACUUUCUGGCUCUUUUCUAAAAAUGGAGAUGAGAAGUGUUAGAGAAGUACUUUUUUUUUUUUUUUUUUUUUUUUUUUUUUUUGAGAGUUUCACUCUUGUUGCCCAGGCUGGAGUGCCAUGAGCAAUCUCGGCUCACCGCAACCUCCACCUCCCAGGUUCAAGCGAUUCUCCUGCCUCAGCCUCCCAAGUAGCUGAGAUUACAGGCAUGUGCCACCACGCCUGGCUAAUUUUGCAUUUUUAGUAGAGACAGGGUUUCUCCAUGUUGGUCAGGCUGGUCUCGAACUCUCAACCUCAGGUGAUCCACCUGCCUCAGCCUCCCAAAGUGCUGAGAUUACAGGUGUGUAUGUGAGCCACUGCAAGCGGCCCAAGAAGUCCUUUUUUUAAAACCAAACUGAGAGCUGGCCAGGCGCAGUGGCUCACGCCUAUAAUCCCAGCACUCUCGGAGGCCAAGGCAGGCGGAUCACGAGGUCAGAAGAUUGAGACCAUCCUGGCUAACACAGUGAAACCCCGUCUCUACUAAAAAAUACAAAAAAUUAGCCGGGCGUAGUGGCAGGCGCCUGUCGUCCCAGCUACUCGGGAGGCUGAGGCAGGAGAAUGGAGUAAACCCGGGAGGCGGAGCUUGCAGUGAGCCGAGAUCGUGCCACUGUACUCCAGCACUCCAGCCUGGGCAACAGCGAGACUCUGUCUCAAAAAAAAAAAAAAAAAAAAAACCCAACAAAACCAAACUGAGAGCUUCUCAAUUUGUAGUCAGAAAGAUUAAAAAACAAUUAGGCUGGGUGUGGUGCUCAUGCCUGUAAUCUCAGCACUUUGGGAAGCCUAGGUAGGAAGAUUGCUCAAGGCUAGGAGUUCAAGGCCAGUGCUAGCAACAUAGUGAGACCCCCCCCCAUCUCUACAAAAAAAAAAAAAUUUUUAAAUAGCUGAGUGUGGUGGUGCAUGCCUAUAGUCCUUGCUACUUGGGAGGCUGAGGCAGGAGGAAUGCUUCAGCCCAGGAGGUUGAAGCUGCAGUAAGCUAUGAUUGUACCAGUGCAUUCCAACCUGGCCAACAGUGAGACCCUGUCUCAAAAAAUAAUAAUUAAAAGGGGAACCACCUCCUGAUGCAGUGAUAUUUACUCUAGUGCACACCACCUAAAAACCUCAGUUACCAAUACUUAUACAUGUCUCAUUUUUGGACAAACACUGACUUAACCGAGCACUUCCUUCACUAGAAACAGAAGUGGACCCAGAGGGGGACUGCCUUGCCUGAGGUCACACAGAGAAGGAGUAGCUGACCUGAGGUUAGAACUUGAGUCCUAGGCCAGUAUACUUUUCACAGUUACAAUCUACAGGUCUGUAGAUAGGCAAUUGUGGCUAUCUACAGACCUGUCCUCUGGGUCUAGUUUGGAAAAGCCUGACCAGGGAUGUGGAGGCCAGGUGUCCAAAGUGGAACAAGCUCCAAGCUGGUCCUAAAGGAGACCCAAGAGAUUGGCCGGGGUUUCAGCUUAUGUCUGGUUUUCCAGUGGGGGCUGUCAGAAGAACUAACUGCUCUAUGGGAAGGGAGUACAAAAAAAGGGGCAGCAGCCCCGGGCACUGAAGCUCAUCUCUGUCUUUCUCUCUUCUUGCUGCCUUGGGCCUGGGUCAUUUCAGACAAACCUCAGCUCUACACCCUCGCCGUGAUAGGCCCAGGGCCGCCAGAUUGCCAGCCAGCCCAGAUCUCUCGCCGUUACUCGGACUUUGAGCGGCUGCACCGAAACCUGCAGCGGCAAUUCCGGGGCCCAAUGGCUGCCAUCUCCUUCCCCCGUAAGCGGCUGCGCCGGAAUUUUACUGCAGAGACCAUUGCCCGCCGUAGCCGGGCCUUUGAGCAGUUUUUGGGUCACCUGCAGGCAGUGCCUGAGCUGCGCCAUGCCCCGGACCUGCAGGACUUCUUCGUGCUGCCGGAGCUGCGGCAGGCACAGAGCCUCACCUGUACUGGCCUCUAUCGUGAGGCUCUGGCACUCUGGGCCAAUGCCUGGCAGCUGCAAGCCCAGCUGGGCACCCCCUCUGGCCCAGACCGCCCCCUGCUGACCCUGGCUGGGCUGGCCGUGUGCCACCAGGAGCUGGAAGACCCUGGGGAGGCCCGGGCAUGCUGUGAGAAGGCCCUGCAGCUGCUUGGGGACAAGAGCCUCCACCCUUUGCUGGCACCCUUUCUGGAGGCCCAUGUCCGGCUCUCCUGGCGCCUGGGCCUGGACAAACGUCAAUCAGAGGCUCGGCUCCAAGCCCUGCAGGAGGCAGGCCUUACCCCGACACCACCCCCCAGUCUCAAAGAAUUGCUCAUCAAGGAGGUGCUGGACUAACCCUUGCCUAGAUUUAAGGCCACUGUGAGGCGAGGGGCUGCCCCAGAAUGCAGGGGAAGGACCUGAUGAGGACAGAAUAGCUGGGAGGCUGCAGAGGGUGCUGGGAGCCCCUAGAAGUUCCAAAAGAGAAUAUGAAGCAGAUCAAGGAAACUUCUGUUGAGCUGGGCUCAGGAUGAGCUUUGGCUGGGGUUGCCUUUGUGUAGUACAGGGAAGUCUGACACAGCCUCUCCAGCUUAUAAACAGCCGGGGGGCUGUGGCACAGGUUGGGGCAAUGUUCCCUUGUUGGUGGGCCCCCAAGCUGGCAAGGCCUCUUGGCUGAAGGCCAGGGACUCUGCCCUGGAGUCCUGGAGUUAAGGGAUGAAGGCAAGGCUGCAGGUCUGGCCCAGGGGAAUUAAAAGCCAGCCACUCCAGUGGUAUCAGUCUCUUUAUUGGAUGUGAGGGCCAAAAGGGACUGUAACUCCUGUCUCAGGAAUGGGGAUAGAUGGGAGGUUCUUGAAGCCCCAGGCGAAGCUGGUACCUCUGGCUACAGCUUGCUCUCUGAGACCCGGGGCUUCACUCGGAUCACGCCCUCCUGGGCACAGGUCACAGCUAGGACUCCAUCCUGACGCCACAGCCGCCCAUGGACCAGCCCCCGAGAGCCACCUGUGGGUGAGGUGAAGGGUGAUGAUGGCCUGCUUCAGAACAGCCAAAUACACUUUUUUUUUUUUUUCCUGAAACAGAGUCUCACUAUGUUGCCCAGGCUGGUCUCAAGCUCCUGGGUUCAAGGGAUCCUCCCGCCUCAGCCUCCUGAGCAUCUGGGAUUACAGGUGCACAUCACCACGCCCAACCUCCAAGUGGACUUCUUGCAAAGGGUCUGGCCCAGGGCAGGGCUGCCCCACACAAGGGUGCACUGAGUGUCGUGGCUGCUCCAAAUGCCCCUUCAUGAGCUUAUUAUGGACCGUCAUUGAGGGGUAACUCCUCCCACAGGAACCCCACUUGACAGUUUAAAAGCACUUUCACACCUCUGCUCGCUUCCUCAAAAAGAUCACGGAGGAGCUCUGAGAACAGUCUCCUUCAACAGCUCGGCCAAGCAGAACUGCUGUACCUCUGGCCACUUGUGUUAGGAAAACUAUUGGCUCCCUGUAUAAUAAAUCAAGCCAGGUCCUCCAAGUGGUAAUUCAUGAAAAAUAUCCCCACUACCACCACCAAGGGGAAGAAGGGACUCAGCAGAGAGGACUUGAGGCCAUGAGGUCUGGCCUCUUCCCUCCCCACCUGGAGACUCCUCCCUUGCUGGCUUUGGGCCCAAGUUUGAUGUUUGUGAGGAUGAUUGCUGGUUUCCCUUACACAUAGCAGAGCUCACUCAGUUCUCACAGUGGCCAAAUGAAGCAGUUAUGUGUUGUCCAGUUUUCCAGACCAGGACUGAAAUCCAUAGAGGGUCAGGAAUUUGGCCCCAUGAUGAGGCCAAAUCUGAACCCAUGUCCUCACUUCAAGGUUAUCAAUCUUGGAUUGUGAUGCUGUUGGUACUUGAGAAUACCCCUUAUCUGAGUAUAAAGAGUCCUUAAGUUUUGUCCUUCGU